AUGGGUUGUGUUAACAGCACUGAUCAGAAUGCAAAGGCACGGUCGAAGCAGAUCGACGAACAGCUGAAAGCUGAUGGUGAACGAGCAUCACGAGAGGUGAAAUUAUUAUUAUUAGGUGCCGGUGAAUCUGGCAAGAGUACAAUCGUGAAACAGAUGAAGAUCAUUCACGAGACUGGUUACAGUGAUGAGGAGCGGAAAGCGUAUAAGCCGGUUGUUUAUUCGAACACCAUACAGUCGAUGAUGGCCAUCAUCAGGGCAAUGGGACAACUCAAAAUCGAGUUCGCACAGCCGGCACGAAGUGAAGACGCUCGACAAUUCUUCAUGCUAGCGCAAAGUUGUGACGAAGGUGAAUUACCACCUGAAUUGGCGGUUUGCAUGAAACGUUUAUGGGUCGAUCCGGGUGUGCAAGAGUGCUUUAUGCGCUCUAGAGAGUACCAACUUAACGACUCUGCACCAUACUACUUGAAUUAUCUAGAUAGGAUAUCUCAACCAGGAUAUGUGCCUACUCAAGACGAUGUUUUGCGAACACGUGUUAAAACGACAGGAAUUGUAGAAACGCAUUUCACCUAUAAGGACUUGCAUUUUAAGAUGUUUGAUGUUGGUGGCCAACGAUCGGAACGUAAGAAGUGGAUUCACUGUUUCGAAGGUGUGACUGCAAUCAUUUUCUGCGUUGCGAUGUCUGAGUACGAUAUGCGACUUGCCGAAGAUGAUGAAAUGGUUCUUGUUUUUACGUUAUUACUUGUUUUCACGUUAUUACUUAAUCUUUCAUUCAGUAUCGAAGAGCAAUCCUCUGACCAAAUUGCAAAAUUAACUCCAGCUGCCUCAGCAUCGUGGAAUCGAAUGGUGGAAAGUAUGAAAUUAUUCGAUUCAAUUUGUAACAACAAAUGGUUCACCGACACAUCAAUAAUUCUUUUCUUAAACAAGAAAGAUCUUUUUGAAGAAAAAAUACGAAAAUCACCACUCACUUUAUGCUUCCCUGAAUAUACUGGCACGAAUACGUAUGAAGAAGCAGCUGCUUAUAUUCAGUUGCAAUUCGAGAAUUUAAAUAAACGUAAAGAUGGUCAAAAAGAGAUUUAUACACAUUUCACAUGUGCAACUGAUACGAACAACAUUCGCUUCGUUUUUGAUGCAGUCACCGAUAUCAUUAUCAAAGAAAAUUUACGACAGUGUGGUCUAUUUUAA